AAUGUCAGUUAAGCUUGUGACUUUGUUGCUGCUCCAAACCGCAAUAGCUGUCCUGGCGGGCGUUCGCCCGUUCAAUGAGAUCUUCAGACAACCUCCGCGCCUCGAUGGUCGCAUUGUUGGUGGUCAACCUAUAAACAUAACAGAUGCUCCAUACCAAAUUUUUUUAAUAACUCCGGAAAUUUAUUGCGGCGCUGUCCUGAUCUCGAAGGAGUGGAUACUAACGGCAGCGCAUUGCACCUGGGAAGUUGAAGCCAAUUCUAUACUCGUGUUGUUAGGCACCACUAAAAUCUCCCAAAAUAUGCAGCUGCAAAAAAUCAAAAAGAAAGUUGAACACGAAAAGUACAACUAUCCACGUCCCGAUUAUGAUUUUUCGUUGCUGCAGCUGCAGGAACCAAUUGAAUUCGAUGAGACCAAGCAGGCUGUCAAGCUGCCGAGGCAGGGUCAAGAUUUUAAGGACGGCGAAAUGUGUUUUGUAAGCGGCUGGGGCGAGACACGGAAUUCUAAUGAGUCAGAGGAGUGGUUGCGACAGGUGAAGGUGCCGCUAUUUAACCAGGAGGAGUGCAACAAGAUAUACGGUCAAUUCAUCGCUGUGACAGAUAGCAUGAUCUGUGCUGGCUAUUCGGAAGGAGGCAAGGAUUCCUUAGCUGUCCUGGCGGGCGUUCGUUCUAUACCACAGCCAGACCAGCGGCAACCUUCGCUAAUCAACGAGCUCCUCAGACAACCUCCGCGCCUAGAUGGUCGCAUUGUUGGUGGCCARCCUAUAAACAUWACAGAUGUUCCAUACCAAAUCUCGYURCAAKWAUCGUUUCUAAUAUUCUUGAAGCAUAUUUGCGGCGGUUCACUGAUCUCGAAGGAGUGGAUACUAACGGCAGCGCAUUGCACCCGGUAA